UGGUUUGCAAAAAAAUACUUCGCGGUCGGAUGGCGGCAUCGCUCAACUGGCUGCCUCUUCUCUCCGGUCCAAACCCUAACCCUAACUCUAGAUCUCCGCUCUUAUGGAUUCCCAGCUGUCGUCGACCUCCGUUCGUAUCGGCAAUGGCCGUCGCUCGAUCGGACUCGUUGCCCUCAUCUGCCCAUUCCCUGAGCCGCCACUCGGCGCUGGUCCUCCAGCUGGCCGCUUCGUCCGCUUUCCUCUUCUUCGGCUUGCGUGCCCACGCUUGCCCACUCGGAUCCCUACCGAUAACCCCGCCCACUGUUACUGUCUCCCCAGAUGCUAAAGUUGAUGCCUCAGAGAAUCAUGCUUCAGAGGGUUCUGAUUUGGCGGCUCAAAAGUUUGAGAAUGAAGAGUUCAAGACUGCGUUUGAGAAUUUCAAAGCAAAGACUUAUGCUCUUACUGUGCCCCUUAGAAUUGUGGCCCUAAGGGGUUCCAUGCCUCCCUCAUGGAUAAAGGAUUUCAUUCAAUUGCAAGGAAGGAGAUUGAAGUUUACUUGUGAAUUUCGUGCAAAUCUGGAGUCAAUCUUCUCUGACUUGUCGGCAGCAGUAAAGAAAGGUUCUUUAGACAACAAGUCUGCCAUGUCUGCUGAUAUUGUUUCUAUUGGUGACUCAUGGCUUAGUUCUGCCAUAACUGGUGCGCUCAUUGAACCCAUACAACAUGUAGAAGAACAAGAUUGGUUUAAAAGUCUUGGUGGAAAAUGGAAGUCGUAUUUACGCAGGAAUAAUGAAGGAGAGUUAGAUUCUGAGGGUUAUAUAUGGGGAGCUCCUUAUCGGUGGGGAAGCAUUGUUAUAGCUUACAAGAAAAGCAAAUUUAUAAAGAAUAAUUUGAAUGCUAUUGAGGACUGGGGGGAUCUGUGGAGACCGGAACUUGCAGGAAAGAUUUCAAUGGUGGCUUCUCCUAGGGAAGUUGUUGGUGCAGUUUUGAAGUACAUGGGGGCAUCAUACAACACAAAGGACCUUGAUUCUGUUGUUGGUGGGAGGAAAGCUGCCAUGCACAAUCUGAUAAUGCUUCAGAGGCAGGUUCGAUUAUUUGAUGACAUGCAUUACCUUAAGGCAUUUGGUGCAGGAGAUGUUUGGGUCACUGUUGGUUGGAGCAGUGAUGUUAUUCCUGCCGCCCAACGAAUGUCAAACGUUGCUGUUGUUGUUCCAAAGUCUGGAGCUAGUCUGUGGGCAGAUCUGUGGGCGAUACCUUCCGCCACCAAAUUUAGUACUGAUCGUCUUGGUGGCCGAGUAAGGGGUCCAUCUCCACUUAUCCAUCAAUGGUUUGAAUUCUGCUUGCAAACUGCAAGGGGGCUGCCCUUCCAGCAAGAAGUUAUCCCAGGAGCAUCACCUUCAUUUAUUGAACAAAUUUCGGAUGGAAAGCUUGAUGAUUCCACUGACCGGAGACCCAAACUAGAUACAAAUCUCAUUAAUGGCGUACCACCCCCAGAAAUCCUCGCAAAAUGUGAGUUUUUGGAGCCUCUGCCAAAGAAGACAUUGGAAGAUUAUCAAUGGCUAAUGGCCAAUCUGCAGAAACCGGGGUAUGGUUGGAUCCAAGAAUUUCCAAAACGUGUAUCUUGGGUGAUUGCUAAACUUACAUCCAAUGGAUCUUAGGAACUGUGAGUCCAAUCAAGCUAUUGCUAUGAAUUACUUCUAGUUUUACCUAAUGAGUCAGAUUUUAUUUAUUUAUUUAUUAA